AUGGCUAACUCGCUCACCGCAGAGGACAUGGCGUUCUACAAGCUAGCCAUCUUGGACGUAGGGAUCGAUUUCCUGUUUUAUGGCAUGCAGAUAGCAAUAUACCUUGCCGUCAUAUCCGCCUCAAUCCGUGGAGGCACUAGGCCGCGCUGCGCCAUAAUACUCACCACUAGUGUCUUUCUGUCGUCCACGCUCGAGGUCAUCAUGGGGUUCAUGUUCAUCUUCGCCCAAAUCCCUCGUUCUGACGGCGACAACGCAACCCUGCGCUUACUCGGCCUGAACGCACCAGCGCAACUUUUUGUCAUAUUCAACUUCCUUGCGAGCGAUGCUGUCGUCGUAUGGAGGGCUUGGGUGUUGUGGCCCGACAGUCGAGUCGCAAAGGGCAUUCUGAGUUCGUGUAUGGCUGGCAGCACAGUCAGUGUUGUCUUCAAUUUUGUCUGGCAAACUGUGCACUGGAGGGAAGAACAGACGCGGGCGUUCACUCUUACAAUUUGGCUGCCUCUGCUUCUGACGAACAUGGUCGCCACAUGCUUGGUAGCUCUGCAAGUCUGGCACUAUCGUCGUGAUAUUUCAAGCGCCCUUGGUCAAUGGCGGAAGACGACGCGCGUCGAGAAAGUGCUCAUCCUGCUCCUGGAUUCCGGGCUGGUGUAUUGUUUGAUCUUGGGUACAUCGCUUGCGGUCACCUUCAAGGUUGUCAAACAUGGGAAUCCCGCGUACCGCAUCACCCUCAAUAUCGCAACGAGCGCCUAUCACAACAUCGCCGUGCGGCAUCUAUCCGACCUUUAUCGCUGUCGUGGUCGCGGUGCAGCGAUCGACGGCGUCUUCCCUUCUGCUGAGCACACAGGUAUCUCGGCCGAUGCAGUUUGCGAAACCGGCGCUCGUCGAUGGCACGCCCCAGCGUAG